CUUCCGAUCCUUGACAGAUUCCGAACGUCUGUCACCUGUCCAACACACUCGCCCCUAGCAUGCGCAUUUGCUGGGACUAGGCUAUCACUAGAACUCGACGCGAGCGUCUCCUUUCCCGUACCCGCAACCAUGGUGCAGCAGGCGCCUCCUCAAGGGGGGUCGCGGAAGAUUUCCUUCAACGUUUCGGACCAGUAUGAGAUUCAAGAUGUCAUCGGAGAGGGCGCCUACGGUGUGGUGUGCUCCGCUAUUCACAAGCCCUCCGGGCAAAAGGUCGCCAUCAAGAAGAUCACGCCGUUCGACCACUCCAUGUUUUGCUUGCGAACUCUGCGUGAGAUGAAGCUGCUGCGGUACUUCAACCACGAGAACAUCAUCUCCAUCCUGGACAUCCAGAGGCCUCGGAACUACGAGAGCUUCAACGAGGUGUAUCUGAUUCAGGAACUGAUGGAAACCGAUAUGCACCGGGUUAUUCGCACCCAAGACCUCUCCGACGACCACUGCCAAUAUUUCAUCUACCAGACGCUGCGCGCGUUGAAAGCCAUGCACUCCGCCAACGUUCUCCACCGUGACCUCAAGCCCUCCAACCUUCUCCUCAAUGCGAACUGCGACCUGAAAGUGUGUGACUUUGGUCUGGCCCGGUCAGCCGCAUCGACCGAUGACAACUCGGGAUUCAUGACGGAAUACGUCGCGACGCGGUGGUACCGUGCCCCGGAGAUCAUGUUGACGUUCAAGGAAUACACCAAGGCCAUCGAUGUGUGGAGUGUCGGCUGUAUCCUGGCAGAGAUGCUGAGCGGGAAGCCGCUGUUCCCAGGCAAAGACUACCACCACCAACUGACCCUGAUCCUUGAUGUCCUCGGCACACCAACCAUGGAGGACUACUACGGCAUCAAGUCUCGGCGUGCGCGGGAGUACAUCCGGUCUCUGCCAUUCAAGAAGAAGAUCCCGUUCCGGGCGAUGUUCCCCAAGAGCAACGACCUCGCGCUGGACCUCCUGGAGAAGCUGUUGGCCUUCAACCCGGCCAAGCGCAUCACUGUCGAAGAGGCGCUGCGCCAUCCGUAUCUAGAGCCCUACCACGACCCCGAAGACGAACCGACGGCGCCACCUAUCCCCGAAGGGUUCUUCGACUUUGAUAAGAACAAAGAUGCUCUCAGCAAGGAGCAGCUGAAGCUUCUGAUCUACGAGGAGAUUAUGCGGUAGACGGCUUACGAGGAGAUGAGAUAUACCACGGAGUAAGAACAAGGCAGAGCCUGAUGAGUUGGGACAGUUGACGUCGUCAUGCACAUAACCCAUGGAUGCAUAGAAGAAGGGCCGGGCAAGUUGGACAUUCCGACCCGCCCUGUGCGGAGUAAUUUGCUG